CGGCCUACCACGUGGUAUUCAUGAACCCCGACGAUAGCCGGGGUCUCCGCCCACUUCUCCUCACCUACCAUGCUGAGACGACUCAUGACCCAGUUCCGUGGCAUACACAGAGUGGAGCGACCCAGGAGACCAUCCAAGGUGCCCGACCCCGUGAUCCACUCCCAUCCACCAUUUGGACCAUGUCUCGAACCGCCGUUGUCAGAACCGCCCUCACUGCCCGAGCGAAGACAUGAUGGCCGGAAGUUGGAGGGCAAGUCGGGAGCAUGGCAACGAUGGGACUGCGUCGCUCCCGCUGCGUAUCCAAGGAGCUUUGAGGAAUCGGUCGGAGGAUACUCUCGGGAGCAUGGACCGUUCCCACCUGGCCCGGCGAACGAGACAAAGGAAGAGAGAGUGCAGAGGUGUGCGCGAGACUUUCGAGAGCUAUUGCGCAAGCGGUACGAGGGGAAGACAGGGGGAGAAAAGGGCUUAUACAUGGCCGUAGAGGGCUGGAGGCGACCGGAUCCAGGCGGAGGGGCUGUACUGGUCUGCACGCACGCUAAUGGGAUGAACAAAGAGAGCUGGUUUCCAGUGAUCAAGCGGUUGGUGGAUGCGCCGAUAGAUGAGGUGUGGUUGCUGGAUGAUACGCGGCAUGGCGCCUCGGUCGACCUCAAUGCCGGUCGACUGGGGAUUCUACACAAUUGGGAGGACGGAGGCAGAGACGUGGUCAACUUUGUGGCACACGUCUUGCCGUCCGAAUGGGGUAUGGGCGAGGUCUUGCCAUGGCACAAGGAGCAGAAACGCCGAGUCAUUGGCGUGGGUCACUCAUUUGGAGCCAAUGCACUCGUUCAAGCAGCCCACGCCCGACCGGACCUCUUUGAGGCGCUGUUCCUGGUCGAACCGAUGUGUGUACCGUCAAACGUACAACACAUGGAGCCCCUCUUGCCUGACUUCUCCCUCGGCAUGAACGCCAUGAAACGGAGGACCCAGUGGGGUUCACUGGCCGAGGCCCAAACAGCGUUUGCCAAAUCGCCGGUGCUCGGACGGUGGCAUCCGGAGAUCAACGAGGUGUGGGCACGGCAUGGAUUCGUCAAAACGGACAACGGGGUAACACUGGCGACACCUGCCUGGGCAGAGGCGGCCGUCUUCGCCGAGCCAUUUGCUCGGGGCGUAGGAUGGGACAAGCUCGGUCAGCUGCGUGUGCCCGUGGGAUCGGUCAUCGGGAAAGAUUCUCAGGCCUUGGGAACGUUGGGGGAAGCGAGUGAGCUGGUACUGAGGCCACCAGGGUCCGUCGCUGAGGUCGUGGACGGGGCUGGGCAUUUGCUCGUACAGGAGGAUCCUGUAGCUGUUGCCGAAUGUCUCAGAAGGUUUUUGAGUCAUCGGGCAAGGUUAUGACAUGCAUUCUAGGCGGGUAUGAAAUUGGCCGCGGCAGA